GAUGAUGAAGUGGUAGAAGAAUAUAGUGAAAAUAAUUUCUAUGAAUCUGAUGAAGAACAGAAAGAAAAGGAUCGAAAAGUGAAAGCCACCUAUACUAUGGACCCAGAUCACAGGCUACUGUUACGAAAUACAAAGCCCUUGCUUCAAAGCCGAAAUGCCGCUGUGGUAAUGGCAGUUGCACAGCUUUACUGGCAUUUGGCACCAAAAUCUGAAGCUGGUAUUGUUUCUAAGUCAUUGGUGCGUUUACUACAUAGUAAUAGGGAGGUGCAGUAUAUUGUUCUGCAGAAUAUUGCCACUAUGUCAAUUCAGAGAAAGGGCAUGUUUGAACCUUAUCUGAAGAGUUUCUAUGUUAGGUCAACUGAUCCAACAAUGAUCAAAACACUGAAGCUUGAAAUCUUGACAAAUUUAGCGAACGAAGCCAACAUAUCAACUCUGCUUCGAGAAUUUCAGACUUACGUGAAAAGCCAAGAUAAACAGUUUGCUGCAGCUACGAUUCAGGCUAUAGGCAGAUGCGCAACUAACAUCACCGAAGUGACUGACACGUGCCUUAAUGGCCUUGUAUGUUUGCUGUCCAACAGGGAUGAAAUUGUAGUUGCUGAAAGCGUUGUUGUCAUCAAGAAACUGCUGCAAACCCAACCGGCACAUCAUGGUGAAAUUAUUAAGCAUAUGGCCAAACUCUUGGAUAACAUUACAGUCCCGGUAGCCAGAGCCAGCAUUCUCUGGCUCAUCGGUGAGUACUGUGAACGUGUUCCAAAAAUUGCACCUGAUGUUUUGAGAAAGACAGCCAAGAGCUUCAUUAACGAAGAUGACCUUGUAAAGUUGCAGAUCUUAAAUUUGGGCGCAAAACUCUAUUUAACAAACUCAAAGCAGACAAAAUUGCUUACCCAGUACGUAUUAAAUCUCGGCAAGUAUGAUCAAAGCUACGACAUCAGAGACCGUACAAGAUUUAUUAGGCAGCUUAUUGUUCCGAAUGAGAAGAGUGGAGCUUUAAGCAAAUAUGCCAAAAAAAUAUUUCUGGCACAGAAACCUGCCCCAUUGCUUGAGUCUCCCUUUAAAGAUCGGGACCAUUUCCAGCUUGGCACCUUGUCUCACACGCUGAACAGCCGAGCCACCGGCUACCUGGAGCUGUCUGACUGGCCAGAGGUGGCGCCUGACCCCUCUGUCCGAAACGUCGACGUAGCUGAGUCGGCAAAGGAAUGGACUGGAAUUCUAGGUAAGACAAAGAAAGAGAAACCUACUGAAAAGUUCUACUCUGAAUCAGAAGAGGAGGAAGAUGAAUCUGCCAGUACCAGUGCAUCAGAGAGCAAGUCUGGCAGUGAAAGUGAGAAGGAAGUUAAGGAGGAAGACAGCAGUGAUGAGAGUAGUGGGAGUUCCUCUUCCAAUGAAGAAACAAGUGACAGUGAGUCAGACAACAAAGAAAGUAGUGCAAAGAAAACAUCUAGAGCUGCUGAUGAGAGUGAUUUGGAGCACCUUAAAAAGAAAGCAAAGGGGACCUCCAAAAAAAGAAGCACAUCCAGUUCCUCUGAUACAGAGUCUGCUUCAUCAGAAGAAAGUUCUUCAGACUCCAAGUCAGAAUCAGACUCUAAAAGUGACUCUGACUAUGGAGAAUCUAGAAGUGCUACCUCUAGUAAGAAAGAAGAAAAACCAGUACAAGAGAGAAAAGCUCCAAAUAAACAAGGCGUGUUUCUCUUAGAUUUAGAUGAUUUCUGUCCUGUGACAACUCCUGUGGCAGUUUCUACAGCAGCUGUUUUGUCCCCAAGUUUAAAAGCAGACCUAGAGGGAUUAAGUCUGUUGAGUUCACCAGUCAUUGAUGUCACUACCCAAGUCUCUGUGCCAACAAAAACACAUGAACUGCUUCAUCGAAUGAGUGGAAAAGGAUUAGCAGCUCAUUAUCACUUCUCAAGACAGCCAGGCAUUUUUGGUGAUCGUAUGGUAUCUGUGCAAGUGACAGUGACAAAUACAACUGAUCAGAAGAUAGAGAAUAUUCGCAUCGGGGAGAAGAAAUUACCUCCAGGCAUGAGGAUGCAUGAGUUUAAUCCAAUAGAGUGCCUUGAGCCUGCAGGAUCCCUUACUGUUUCAAUGGGUAUCGACUUCUGUGAUUCUACUCAGACGGCCAGUUUCCAGUUAUGCACAAAGGAUGAUCAUUUCAGUGUUAACAUUCAACCCCCUGUUGGAGAAUUACUUUUGCCUGUCACUAUGUCAGAGAAAGACUUCAAGAAGGAGCAAGGGAUGUUGACAGGAAUGAAUGAGACAUCUGCUACAAUAGCUGUUGCUCCACAGAACUCUACUAGACUUGUAAUAAUUGAGAGGGUAGUGAAAGCAGCAAACCUGGGUGUAGUCCCUUCUGGUCAAGAUAGCGUACACAGAUUUGCAGCUAAAACUGUGCACAGUGGGUCACUGAUGCUAGUCACAGUGGAGCUGAAGGAGAGCUCUACAGCACAGCUCAUCAUAAACACUGAGAAAACCGUGAUUGGUUCUGUUCUGCUGCGGGAGCUGAAGCCUGUCCUGUCCCAGGGGUAACCUGCUUACAUCUGGACUUCAGAAUCUGGCACACAACAAAAGUGCCUGGCAUCCACUACUGCUGCCUUUCAUUUAUAAUAAUAGCCCUUCCAUCUGGCAGUGGGGGAAGAAUACACUCUUGACAUUCUUGUCUUCUGCUUUAGAAUGCUAGUGUGUAUCUAUCAUGUAUGCAAGUCCUUUCCUUUUUUUUCCUGCUUGCUAACCAAAGAACAUAUAUUUUACUGUCAGUUAUCUGCGCUUUUAAAUGUAUUUCCCAUUUGUUCUACCCUAGUCUUUCCCUCUCCGCUCCCUUCCCCCACUACCUUUCUCCCCCAAUCAGUUUUCCCCACUGUAGUGGACAAAUACUAGAUAAUAAAGUUCAAGGGAAAUCACAGUGCUUGAAAAGUGAGUUAAAAUGGCAUGUAGGUUCCAGCAACAUAUACAAUAACUACAGAGAGGUUUUGUUGCUUAAGUGUAAAAAUGCAAUAGGUACAGC